AUGGAGAGCAUUCUGCAUCAUCUUCCCAUUUACUCGCAUGUGAGGCAAACGAGGCCUUUUGAACCGCUGAAAUUCGUUGGAGAACAGAGCGGAACGAGCACAGAUCUUCCAACAUUAGUGGACAAAUGUAGUCCAGAGUUUUCGAACGGAGCAAUGGCUUUGUUUCAUCCCCUGUACUUCAACGGGCACCUGCAGACGCUGUAUGCUGCAGUAAGAACGUUCGAUAAAGAGAACAUGGUUUACUACAAGCGACUGGUUGUGCCUUGUCGAGACGGGGGGGAAGCGACGGCUGACUUCCGGGUACCUCCCUUUGAGAAGGCAUCAGAUUACACGCCACCAAAUCAGACCAAGCCGCUCAUGCCCCGUUACAGCUUUUUCACGCCAGAGGAAGAGCGGAACUUAGGCUCCAACGACGAGAAACCAUUGCUCAUUGUGCUUCACGGGCUUACAGGUGGGUCCCAUGAGGCUUACGUGCGCAGUCUCGUCGAUCGGAUUACUACUAACUACGGAUUUGAAGCAUGCGUCUUGAAUUCACGUGGAUGCAGUGAGUCCUGCAUUACGACACCCCAGUUGUAUAACGGUGUCUGGACUAAUGAUAUACGCGAUUUCGUGGUUAAGCUACGCGCUCUCUUCCCUAAGCGCAAGUUCUACCUCGUGGGCUUUUCUUUGGGGGCUUCUAUUGCGACGAACUACUUGGGCCAAGAGGGCUCCAACUCGCAAAUUGAGUGUGCUGCCAUUCUGGCCAACCCUUGGGAUCUAUGCAAUGCUUCCUACUACAUGUAUAGAACGUUCCUUGGGCGCAAUCUCUACGGCAACCAUUUUUCCAAGAGCCUUGUGAAGAUGCUGAAAGACAACUUGUCUGUCUUGAAGCAGGACCCUUACAUGGCUAAGCUGUACGCAGAAAAGAUUGACAGCGUCAAAACGGUGGAAGAGUUUGACAACUGGUUCACGUCCCGUAUGUUCGGGUUUAACUGUUCUUUUGAGUAUUACCGAUACGGUACCAGUUCCAACAGAAUUCCUCUUAUCAGGACGCCAAUGUUGGCCAUUAGCGCCUCUGAUGAUCCAAUUGUUGGUUCGGAGUCACUCCCUAUCCGUGAAAUUGAAUCUAACCCUUACACGUUGUUGAUUGAGUCCAGCAAAGGAGGCCAUGUUGCUUGGUUCGACGCCCACGGCGAGCGCUGGUACGAAGAGCCAUUGUGCAGGUUUUUCAGUGGAUUUCAUAGUGAUGUUGCAUUAGAGGGCUUGAAGCCCGAUUUGGCAUCUGUGACACUACCGCACGCGAACAAAUUCAAGGGUGAUCGACUAGUCGAUGCCACUGUCAGAGACUAUUGA